AUGCAAAAUAAAAUUGUGGAUACUGAUAAAAGCCAAGUCAAAGAGUUUGGAGGACCUGUUGGGACUUUUGUCCUCUUCUUAUGGUCGCAUUAUAUAAUGCUAUAUUUUUGGCUCAGUCUAGAAUUUUAUGACGGCGGCUUUUUUUAUCCAUCAUCUUUUCAAGAAAUUCCUAGUUUCUUUAAAGUAAAUAAAAUGGUAACGUUGCCAGAUGAAGGAUCCCAAAGUGCACUCUCUAUAGGGUAGGUAAACCCUUCCAUCGUACUGAAUAUGGGCAUCUUUGCUGCUUUUCAGUAGGCCUUUAGAUUCGGGGGUGCCUGAUGCAGAGGGAAAUUUUGUUUCUAUCUCUUGCGUUCGCUAAAAGAUUACCUACCGCUCUUCCUUAUUGGAAGAGUUAGGGUACCUCCCAGAGUCCUAGGAAAUCCAAAAAGGCUUCCAUUUCCUUAUUUGAACUCUAAGAUAUUUGAAGACUUUUUUUGGAGCUAAUCCAAGGAGAUUAACUCCCUUAUGGCUGAUACUUUAAUCUUAAUCUUAGUUUCUUCACCACUCAUGUUGGAAAGAUUAUAAGCCAUGGCUUACCCACUUGUGAAUCAAUAACAAUUCUCUCUGUAUUCCUCAUUAUUGAAACGCUAUUUGCUAUCUACAUGCCAGGGCCUGUCGUCAAAGGUCUCCCAGUUCCCUCUGAAAAUAACAUCCAGCACACAUACUAUUGCAAUGCCUAUUCAAGCUGGUAUACAACUCUCGCACUUUUAGCCAUUCUAAACAUCACUGGACUUUUUCCUUUGUCAAGGAUUGUAGAACUUCAUGGCCCCUUGAUGGUAACGUCAAUGAUAUUCUCAAACAUUUUAGCAAUCAUUAUCCACAUGACUGCUAUUUUGAAGGGAAAACAAAUAAGGAUGUCAGGGAACCAUUUUUAUGAUUUCUUUAUGGGAGCAUGGCUCAAUCCAAGAAUUGGAAACUUCGACUUAAAGCUGUGGGCAGAAAUCAGGAUCUCGUGGAUGCAGCUUUUUAUUAUUACUUUAUCAGCUGCAGUAAAACACUAUGAAUUAACAGGAGGAGUUUCAGGAUCAAUGCUCCUUAUUUUGUUAGCUCACUUUUUAUAUUCUAAUGCAUGCAUGAAAGGAGAAGAGUGUGUAGUCACUACUUGGGAUAUUUUUUAUGAAAAAUGGGGGUGGAUGCUGAUCUAUUGGAACAUCGCGGGAGUUCCUUACGUUUAUUGUUUCCAAUCGCUUUAUAUACUAAAAAAUAAUCCACAUGUCCCAGCUCCUUUGCUUCUUAUUUUUUGUGUUGCAUUAUUAGGAGCUUAUUAUAUUUGGGACACUGCACAAGCCCAAAAGAAUAGAUUUAGAAUGAAGUUAAGGGGCACUUAUACUCCUAGAAACACUUUCCCACAAUUGCCUUGGGGAACUCUAGAAAAUCCAAAAUACUUAGACACAGAAGCUGGAGACAAGCUUUUAAUUGAUGGCUGGUGGAAAUAUGCAAGAAAAAUCCACUAUACAGCUGACAUAGUCAUGGCAUUCGUGUGGGGUCUAAGUUGCGGUUUUCGAGGCAUUCUUCCUUACUUUUAUCCUUUCUUUUUCUUCGGAAUGAUCAUCCACAGAUAUAGCAGAGACAUCGUAAGAUGCAGAAGAAAAUACAAGAAAGACUGGGACAAGUACCUUGAAAUCGUCAAGUACGCUUUCAUCCCAGGAAUUAUCUAA